AUGGCUUUUGUGUCCAUGUUCCACCGGGUGCUGGCCGGAUCGUUUUCGUCACCGUCAAUUAUCGGAAGUCGAUUCGGUUCCACGCGUCUCUAUGGGACUCUAACUUCUCCCAAGCUCUUCGUAAGCGGGCUCUCAAGAUUAACUACAGAUGAGAAGCUUAAGCAGGCAUUUGCUCCUUUUGGGCGAGUCGUUGAAGCUAAAGUGAUCAUGGAUAGACCUACCGGGAGAUCGAAGGGUUUUGCUUUCGUGACAUAUGAGACGAUAGAGGAGGCCGAGAAAGCUAAAGAAGAAAUGAAUGCCAAGUUUUUAGACGGAUGGGUUAUAUUUGUGGACCCAGCAAAGCCGAGGGAGUCUAGACCACCACCACCUCCUCAGUCCCCUGCUGAUCCUUCUUCUGUGCUUGGUUUCACAACUAAUAAGACUGUCGGUUGGUCUGGUUGA